UUAACAUGCAUUCGCAUGUGAACCUCCUUUGUCCGGCUUGGAGGGGGCCUUCGGCCCUUUCCGUUCCAAGUACGUCUCACAUGUGGUGCUCGCUUCGAAAUUCUAGUUUCGAGGGGUGUUGGUGCUGGCGCACCUCCAUAAAACAAUUAUCAAGACACUGUAAUGAUUACACAAGGAUGAUAUACUGAGCAAGUAAGAAUGUACAAGGGGAUUACCAAAAAUGGCGGU